AUGCGAGCCUCUGCUAUCGGAGUUGCCGCCUUGGCUCUUGGACUGACCCAGGCCCUGAGCUUUCCUUUCUGUGACCCUGACAACUGUUAUCGCAACCUCAUAGACGAGAGAUUUGUCCAGGGUGCCGAGCCUGCUUGCAAGGAGUGGCUAUCUGGCACCACAACCGCCGCAAUCGCCAUCCCUAGCAAUUUCGGAAACUGUGAAGAUGUCCAGGCUUUCAGCUCAGCUUGCUCUUGCAUAACGUACGCGGCAACUGCCACGGAUCUCUCAUCCAGCUCCAGUUCCACUGGUAGUCCCACGAGGACCAGGACCAGACGACCUCCUUUUACGUGGAGGCCCACGGGUAUCCCCACUGGCGGGCCUUCGUGGAUUCCUACCUGGAGGCCUACUCGGAGCUAUAGCUCUGAGACCACGUCCGCCGAGGAGUCAUUUUCUACCGGAGACCCUGCUACGAGUGACAUUUCUGAUUACUCCGCCGCUUCUUCGAGUUCUGAGGAGCCGGUUGUGACGGGGUCUAGUACGAGCAAGGAAUUCACCACUAGCGGCUAUGAAACGACCUCUUCCGAGGAUAUUGAGUCCUCUAUCACUGAGGAGCCCACGACAGCUACCGAGUCUGAGGAACCUUCAUCCUCUGAAGAAGCUACAACUACUACGGAAUCGGUGGAGCCUACUACUACUGAGGAGCCCACCGCUAUCGAGGAAUCUUCAAUUGUGACCGAGUCUGAGGACCCCACUUCCACCGAAGAGCCGGCGACAACUACCGAAUCUCAAGAGGCUACUUCUACAGAAGAGUCCUCAGCCGUGACUCUGUCAGACGAACCCGUCUCUACAGAGGACGCCUCAACCAGUACUCAGUCACUGGAGCCCACUCUCACCAAGGAAUCCUCGGCCGUGACUCAGUCAGAAGAACCUAGCACCACGGAGGAGCCCUCAAUCACGACUGAGUCCGAGAAACCUAGCUCCAUCGAAGAAACCUCUACUGCCACCACUGAGGAGGUUACAAUUGCCACCGAAUCCGAGGAAUAUUCGACUGCCGCUGCCACAGAGACUUAUACCAGCCCUGAGGUAAUCACAUCUGACGAAGCUGCCACUACUGAGGAGCCCUCGACCACCUACAGCUCGGGUGGGCCCUCUACCACUGACGACGAAGAUCCCAUCACCAGUGCAAUUGAAGAUCCUUCCACGACUGCAAGCGAAGAAAAUCCUUCUACUACUGAACUACCCACGACCUCUGACACCGAUGAGGAAGGAUCUACCAGCUAUAGCGAGGAGAUCAUUUCUACUACUACAACCGAGGACGUUUCUGUGACCGAUGAGCCCUCCUCCACAGACAGUGCCGUCGAUGCCACUUCCAGUCCUUCCUGGUCCCACACUUGGACCGCUCCUACUGGCAUCUACCACAACUCCACCACCUACGCCCACACUCGAUCCCACACACACACCCGACGCCCUUCUUGGACCACCUCUACCAUCUACGCCACUACAGUCCGCACAAUCAUCGCGUGCCCUCCUGAGAAGCCCAACUGCCCUGCUCGCCCUCACGUAGUCACGGAGGUGAUUGCUAUUUCGACCACUGUUUGCCCCGUCGCUGAGACUGAUAGGGUGUCCGGUCCCGAACCCACUUGGUACGUCGUUCCUAAGCCACAGGGCGGUAACGGAGUCCAGGUGAUUGGGAACCAUUCGGGUGAGGAGUCCAAUACUCCUCAUGUCUCCGCGGGCGGCAAGGGCGGCGGCGUCCAAGACACGCCUAACGAGACGGUCAACGAUAAUUCAGCCGAUCUCUCUACUGUCGAGGGACACGGGAAUACCGAGAACGAUAAGGUUGUUGGCCUAUCAGAGGUCGAUGCCUUGAAUGGCUCGGACUCCUCGACUGGCCCAGAUGAGUCAGACGACGCAGGAUUUGGUGACAUCCCCUCCGGCGACAACCCCGAGAUUGGUGAAAACUCCGGAGCUGGCUCCGGAUCCGGAUUCGGCCCCGACUCCGAGCACCCCGGUACCGCCGCCUCCAAUGGCGUCAACUUCUCUCCCAAGCCCACGAGCGCUUUCGCUCCCACUUCUGGUGCUGGCCACCCCAUCGCCAGCAUUUUCGGCGCUAUUCUUGCCGUUGUCGUUGCUCUUUUGUAA